UUUAAGUAAAUCUGAGUCCUGUUUCUGGUUUCAAAGGAAACCACAUGAAUUUGCACUUCUUCUCUAGUAGCUUUACCUCCUGCUCCCUGUCAACAUGCCUUUUGCUCGCAAUUUUCCGCAUUUUCUGCCUGUUUGUCUCAUAUGGGCAAUUAUUCUAAAGACUUGUUUUUCUCAAGAUGAGGAGAACAUGACCGAAUUCCUGGAUUAUAGCGGCAUUCCACAGCAGUGUGACAAAACACACAACCACCAGUUCCGCCUCUGGUUCAUGUCAACCUUCUACUCAAUCAUCAGCAUCACGGGACUGGUGGGGAACCUCUUGGUUAUCUUCACCAUCAUCUACUUCCACCGCCUGAAGACCAUGACGGAUGUAUACCUGCUGAACUUGUCAUUUGCCGAUCUGGUAUUUGCACUCACGCUCCCCUUUUGGGCAGCCAACUCCAUGGCAGAGUGGGUGCUGGACAUUGCCAUGUGCAAGAUCAUGCAUACAUUUUAUAAGGUUACCUCUUACAGCAGCAUGCUGCUUCUCUGUUUAAUCAGUGUGGAUAGGUACUUUGUCAUAGCAAAGGCUGUUUCUGCUCACCGACUCCGUAACCGAGCAAUGUUCUUUAGCAAGGUGUUGUCUGUUUUUGUCUGGAGCCUCGCUUUGAUUUUUUCCAUACCAGAAAUGAAAUACACCACAGUCAUUAAUGACACCUGUACACCUUUCACCAGUACAUCUGACCCACUGCUGAUAGUUUUCCAGACAAGCCAGAUUGUUGUAGCGUUUGCCCUUCCACUCUUGGUCAUGAGCUUCUGCUACAGCAAAAUUGUACAUAUCCUUUGUCGGGCUCGAAACUUUCAGCGAAAUAAGGCUGUCAAGGUCAUUCUUGUUGUGGUAGUUGUCUUUGUGGUCUGUCAGCUUCCAUACAAUGUGCUCUUGUUUUGGACAACACUUGUCGUCGCAAACGGUGGCAAUACGGACUGCAAGUAUGAAAAUGACCUCCUGUACGCUACUGAUGCCACUCAGUGUGUGGCUUUCCUACGGUGUUGUCUUAACCCCUUUGUGUAUGCAUUUAUUGGUGUUAAGUUUCGCCAUGACCUUAUCAGACUACUAAAGAAAUUGGGUUGUGUGAGUCAGGCGAUGUUUGUCAAGUAUAACUAUAGCACAAGAAGCAGCUCCACUGCCGUAGAAACCAACGUCUAGAGUUGUAAUGUCCCCCCAAAAGACAGUCGAGACCACAUUUUGGAAGUGUUGGUUCUACUCCCAAAGGUCUUGCACUGCUGGCCAAGUAUUUGCACCCCUGCAAUUCUAUCAGACAAUGCUAAAUUUCUCCCACAAAGUGAUUGCAAUUUUAAAUGCUUUAGAAGUAAUAUCUUUAUUUAUUUUGCUUGCAAUGAAAAAACACAAAAGAGAAUGAAUUAAAAAAAAAAAUCAUUAUGAUUUUACACAAAACUCAAACAAAGGGCCGGACAAAGUAUUGGCACCCUCAGCCUAAUACUUGGUAGCACAACCUUUAGACAAAAUAACUGCGAACAACUGCUUCCGGUAUCCAUCAAUGAGUUUCUUACCACAGGUGUUUUAUGGGAUUCAGGUCUGGACUCAUUGCUGGCCACUUUAGAAGUCUCCAGUGCUUUCUCUCAAACCAUUUUCUAGUGCUUUUUGAAGUGUGUUUUGGGUCAUUGUCCUGCUGGAAGACCCAUGACCUCUGAGGGAGACCCAGCUUUCUCACACUGGGCCCUAUAUUAUGCUGCAAAAUUUGUUGGUAGUCCUCAGACUUCAUAAUGCCAUGCACAAAUAGGCAGAUCUACUAUUCAGGCAAAGUAGCCAAACGCCUUAGGCCCCCAACCAGUAGGGGGCCCCCAACCAGCUGCCCUUGCUCCAACGAGCAACGGCUUGGGCCACCAGAGCCAGCAGCACCCCCAACUAUUCGUCAUGUAUAAGUAUGUCAGCAUACCAAACAAGCAAAUAACAAAACAAAAAAGAAAGCCAUUUGAAUGCUGCAUUUAUAUUAUCUCUCCCUGCACUACAAUGGACUGUUCCACGACGACGGACUGCGUAUCAGUCGCUUAGCUUCAUUUAGCGCCGUUUAGCUUCGCUGAACUCCGUUUAGCAUCGCUUAGCUCCACUGUUCAUUAGCUUCACUUAGUUCUCCCGUGUUUUUCACGCCACUAAGCUCGCUAUUUUUGCAGCAUACUUGCUACUUUGCAUGUCGGCUAUCAUUUAUUUCGAACACAUGAGCGAAUGUGAUCUCCAUGAGAGCCAAAGUGCUGUGAGCGAGGGUCUUCAGUGUUCUGUUUACUUUCCAUUCUUUUGCACUAGCAAAUGCUAUCAGCAUUUAACCUCAUUGUUUAUUUGUGAUUAUUGUUAUUUACAUGAUUAUUUGUACUUUAAUAAAAUAUUUAAGUGUUCCAAAAUGGUUUUGUGAAUAAAUAAGCGUCAACAAAAAUUUAAUUGCUAAAUUAAUAAUAGAUUUGUUGACUAAUCGUAAAACUAGUCGGCUGACUAAUCAGGAGAAAAUUUGUCGUUUAGGACAGCCCUAGUGUACCGGAACAUAUUUCCUCCACACACUUCUCACUUUUUUAACCCUGACCCAUGAAGAGGGCCCCUGGAUAUGUUCGCCUUAGGCCCCAAAAUUGCCAAGUCCGCCACUGCAUGCACACGGUCAAGCAGUCCAGUGCCAGAAGCAGCUAAAGCAACCCCAAAACAUCAGGGAACCCCUGCCAUGUUUGACUGUGCGGACCGUGUUCUUUUCAUUGAAGGCCUUGUUUUUUUUUUUUCCUGUAAACUCUAUGUUUUUUUCCCAAAAAGCUCUACUUUUGCUUCAUUUGACUAGAGAACAUUCUUCCAAAAUGUUUUUGGCUUUCUCAGGUAUGUUUUGGCAAACUCCAGCCUAGACUUUUUAUGUCUCUGGGUCAGAAGUGGGGUCUUCCUGGCUAUCCUACCAUAGAGUCCCUUUCCAUUCAGACGCCGACGGAUAGUACGGGUUGACACUGUUGUACCCUCGGAAUGCAGGACAGCUUGAACUUGUUUGGAUGUUAGUCGUGGUUCUUUAUCCACCAUCCGCACCAUCUUUCGUUGAAAUCUCUCGUUAAUUUUUCUUUUCCGUCCACAUCUAGCCACAGUGCCAUGGGCUUUACACUUAUUGACGACACUGUGCACAGUAGACACAGGAACAUUCAGGUCUUUGGAGAUAGACUGGUAGACUUGAGGUUGCCCAUGCUUCCUCACAAUUUUGCUUCUCAAGUCCUCAGACAGUUCUUUGGUCUUUUUUUCUUUUCUCCAUGCUCAAUGUGGUACACACAAGGACAGAGGUUGAGUCAACUUUAAUCCAUUUUAAACGGCUGCAAAUGUGAUUUAGUUAUUGCCACCAACUGUUAUUUGCCAAAGGUUAAGUAACGGGUGCUGUUAACUGUUAAAUACACAAAUUAGAGAAGCAUCACAUGAUUUUUCAAAGGGUGCCAAUACUUUUGUCUGGCCCAUUUUUGGAGUUUUGUGUAAAAUGAUAAUGAUUUAAAAUUUUUCGCAUUCUCUUUUGUGUUUUUUCAUUGCAAGCAAAAUAAAUGAAGAUAUAACUACCUAAGCAUAUGUAAUUGCAAUCAUUUUCAGGGAGAAAUUGAGCAUUAUCUGACAGAAUUGCAGGGGUGCCAAUACUUUUGGCAAGUAGUGUAUUUCGAUCUCGGACUGAUUAUUACUUGGACCGUGCUGCACUUGCUUGUUUAUUUUCAAACUCUUUGAGUUAGCAGACAUUUGCCAAGUCAUGCGUGCUGUUAUUGUUUAAGUGAACAAUUAGACAUACGCUAUAAUCAAUUCUCUUCAUCGAUAAAACCAAUGUGUAAAAAAUGGAGAAUAAAACUUGCUUUGUAAUGAUUGUAUUGUUGUUUUUGUUUGAUGUCAUGUAUUCUGUAAAAUGCUCUUAUUACAUGAGUAAGUGCUUUGAAAGCACACUAUCAAUUAUGUUAGGUAGAGUGGUUUUCAUUUCAUUUUAAAGUGUCUUUAGCUAAUACAAAACAAAAGUGGCUAUUUUUUUUUUUUUAUUCUUCAUCUUUGAAAAUCAAUGAUUUUUUUUUUGUAGAAUGCA